AUGCUCUACAAUCUUGCCAAGCAAGGGGUGAAGUGUGUCCUUUUCGAGAAGGGUGAGCUAACCUGCGGUGCCACAUGGCACGCGGCUGGUUUGGUCACGCGCUUCCAUGGUGGCAACAACUUCCGGCUCUGGCAUGAUGAGGGUGUGAACCUUUUCACCAAGUGGCAGUCAGAAGGUACUCCACUGAGCUUCCACACCCCAGGCUCGAUCAGACUAAUUCCCAAUGAGCAGAACUACAUAGAUGAGGCCAAGUACCAAGUGAGCAAAGCCAAGAUUUUCUCUUCGCUCUUUGAAUGUGAGCCCCACCAUAUGAUCUCUGUCAAAGAGAUCAAGGAGAAGCAUCCUUUGGUGAACCUGGAGGACACCGGCAUCUACGGUGGCAUCUUCACUGAGGGAGACGGCCAUAUCGACCCCAGCAGCGUCACUAAUGCCUUUGCCGACCGAGCGAAAGGCUUGGGGGGCAGCAUCGAGCAGAAGACAGAGGUCGUAGGCCUCAAGCUGCUCCCUUCUCGCCAAUGGGAGGUGAUCACACGUACAGCCAAAGGCGAAGAGAAACGAACUGUGGCGGACUUUGUCAUCAACGCAGCUGGCCUGUGGUGCGAUAAAGUUGGCGCCAUGGCUGGUGUCCGGGUGCCAUCAGUGGUGCUGCAGCAUCAGUACUGCAUCACUGAAGCCAUUCCAGAGGUGAAGGAGUACCAUGACAAGCACGGCCACCAGCUGCCAGUGCUACGCGAUUUGAAGGGCUCCUUCUAUGUGCGCGAUGAGCGUGAUGGCAUUCUGAUUGGCCCGUAUGAAUACUCAGAGGCGAUGCAACUGGCCCCAGAGGAUUGGCGCAAGACGGGAAUGCCCAACGAGUAUGCCAAUUUCCUCUUCGAGGGCGAUGUGGAGCGCUUGAUGCCUCAUUUGGAGCGGGCCAUGGAGGUCUUGCCGCAGGUUGGAGAAGUAGGUAUGAAGACCGUGCUGAAUGGUCCAACUAUGUGGCCAGCAGAUGGAAAUCAUUUGGUGGGCCCUGCACCUGAGUGGGAUACUGCGCCCAACUUCUGGCUGGCUUGCGCUGAGUCCUACGGUAUUGCACACAGUGCUGGCUUGAGCAGAUACCUCUCGGAGUGGAUCGUCAAUGGGGAGCCGCCCUAUGAAUUGAAGGAGGCCGAUCCAGCAAGGUAUGGCACGUGGGCCACCAAGGACUGGGUGGCGACCAAGGUCAGAGAGACUUACGGCAUGAACAACCAUGUUCACUUCCCCAACGAGAAUCUUUUGGCUGGGAGGCCAGUCGAGCCAGUGCCGAAUGAGGCAAUUUACGAACUGCUCAAGUCCAAGGGAUGCCAAUUCGGUUUCCACAACGGAUGGGAGAGCGCCAACUACUUUGACCCUGAUAUGCCUGGUGAGCAGCAUGGCAAUGCCAAGGGCUCCUUUCGAAGACCUAUGUACCAGGAUUUGGUGGAGAGGGAAUGCAAAGAGAUGGCUAGCUUCGGCGGAAUUUGCUACUGGCCGUUCGCCAAAUACCACGUGUCUGGACCUGGCGCGGUCGCUUUCAUGGACCGCAUGGUGCCCAACAGGCUCCCCAAUGUGGGUCGCUGUGCCCUCUCCUACUUUUUGACCCCGCAGGGCAAGAUCAGCUCCGAAGUGAUGCUGGUGCGAUUAGCGGAGGACAAAUUCUAUGUUGUGAGCUAUCCUGAACAGGAACAUUUUGACUGGAGAUGGCUUCAUAUGCACAAGCCCUCCGAGGGAGUAGAGAUCGAGAAUGUCACUGCCAACUUUGGCACGCUGAUGGUCUCUGGCCCCGAGAGCCGUCGGGUGCUGGGCGAAUUGGCGGGAGAUGCAGAGGCCUGGUCCAAGGACAAUUUUAAAUUUUAUGCCUGGAGAGAAGUUGAACUCGCAGGCAUCCCUUGCCGGGCCUUGCGCGUGUCCUUCACCGGAGAACUGGGAUGGGAACUUCAUCCCGCCACGGCAGAUGUGGCCCCACUGUACCAUGCGCUGAAAAAGGCCGAACCGCGGCUGAACGAUUGGGGAGGCUACGCCAUGGGAUCUUUCCGUUUGGAGAAAGGCUUCAAGGCAUUUGGCUCCGACAUGACGAAGGAUCACCAGGCCUUAGAGGCUGGAAUCAGUGGUAAAUUCCUUCGCAUGGAGAAAGACUUCAUUGGGAGGGAUGCCCUUGCUGCAAACCCUACACCAGAAAGGCGGUUGGUCCACUUAGCUGUGUCAGCACCAGAAGGCACUGAUUGCGCUGGGAACGAACCCAUUUUCAACGAAAGUACAGGAGAAGUGGUGGGUUUCACGACUAGCGGAGGGUACGGCUACCUUGCACAGCAGAGCAUUGCCUUUGGGUAUGUCGCUUCUUCCGCGUUGGAUGCCAACGCAUCCUUGGCGGUUGAGGGGCUUCCCAGUGAAGCCUGUGGAGGCUCGAGCCAGCAUCUGUCCAGGCGCCAGCAGCAAGGCAGGGGGACAUGUGAACCGGCCAUGGAAAUGCAGCGGGGCUUGGAUGGCCAAGUUGUUGAGGUUGAAUCACUGAAGAUGAAGGAGAUGCCCGAGGGAAAUAUUCCCCCCUGGCGCUUUCGUCACAAUACGGCCGAGGAGGUGCUUUACUUGCGCGAAAAGCACAACAGUCGCCAGGACCCUGACCGGGUCGCAAGAUGGAAGAGAUCCUCUCCGUCAGCCAGCCAGGAGGUUCCGUCAGAGGACGGCUCAGAUGGGAUGAUUGCCUCCGAACAUGCCACCGAAGAUGGUGAGGAAGUUUGUGUACUCCCAGAGACAGAAGAGGUACCAGAGGAGAUCUGCGGAGCUGAACUCCAGGCUUUACCUGCGCCUUUGCCAGUCUCCGGCUCUCCUUUCACUACAGUGCUUGGUUUCCUGCGAAAGGAACCGUACGAGUUGCAGGCAAAGCGCGACGCAGCGAUGCGGAGACAGGUGCAAAAGAUGCUUCGUCAGAUCUAUCGUCGCAGCGUAGAGGCCACUGGUUCUGUCUUUCGAAGCGAUCCGCCAUGGCCUCCCAAGGAGAAGAAGCAGGAGGAGUUGUUGCCAAACAUACGGAAGGUGUCACCGUUAUUCGCACCAUUUGCUCCCAAAAAAGUCUCCCAUUCACCGAAGAAAGCACUACCGGUGGAGGUAGCCUCCCAUGCAAAGGAACCCUCCCAGCAAAACCCUGCAAGACAGGCGACGGUACGUUCCAUGACUUCCUUUGGGCGUGGCUCACAAGGAGGACCAUAUACCCUGCGACAAGUCUACGAGGAGGUAGAGGCCGACAUUCACCACCGGAGACCAGUGGAUGUGCGAGCCUCCCUCGGACGUCUUGGUCCUGAGCUCUUAGGGCCCGGCACCACACGAAUGCGCCGGAAGUUGCCUUUUGCGCAUCCGCAGAUGUGGGGGGCCUCAGCACCGGUGUUGGCCUUGCCUGAGCUGCCUGAACUGCCAGAGCUCUUUGCUGCUUUGGGCACUGAAGGCGCACCACCAGGGGUCCCUCCUGCGCUCUGGGCAAGCAUGUGCAAGAAGCGCUGGAUUCCUCAGGGUAGCCGUUUCAAGCUUUCAACCUACCGUGACCUAGUGAUGGUCGAUGAUGCUCGAGAUCAUUGUUUGGAACACAUGCACGAGAGCAAUCACCUCACAAUGCCACAGCGGGAGGAACAUCUCCAGAAGAGGCACUUCCACGUGCCGGGCCGCGGCCGACGUGUCCUGACGCUGCAGGAAGAUCCCACAGGAAAAUUCGGAGGAUCCUGCAGCUCUGGCACAGUCCUUUGGCCCGCGGCCACCGCUCUGAUUGAGCACCUCGAUGCGGAGGCCGCUUGGACCUGGAGCGAUGGUUUGGAAUAUGUUGCAGGUGUGCUGGUUGAAAAGUCUUGCUUGAACUGUCGCGUCUUGGAGUUGGGAGCCGGCUGUGGUGCCGUGGGCAUGUUCUUGAGCAUCUUCAAAGGCUGUGAAGCUUGGCUUACUGAGGCGCCAGAGCAACUCCCUCUGUUGGCGCGCAAUGCUUCAGAGAAUUCCCCAGAUGGUCUGGACUUGCAGGUGGCACCCUUAAAAUGGGGUGAUGCCCAAGCCCUCGAACAGCUGGUGGCAUUAGGAACGUUUGACAUGAUCGUUGGGAGCGAUGUGACCUACCGCCCGGAGUGUCUCAGUGACUUGUUGAGCACUGCUCAAAAGCUGCUGUCGCAUCGCGGGCGCUUCUUCUUGAGCUUUCAAGACCGACCAGGUGAGGAGGCCCACCUGGAAGCUGGCCUCCAGAAGUCGGGCUUCCGUCAGCUGAAGCGGCUGACGAAAGCUGCGAAACUGGAAGGUCAAGAGGAAGCCUUGAACCUAGAUCUCUGCACGGGAAAGGCCGCUUGA